GAAAACCCCCAUCUCGAGGAUGGAUAGGGUCACCGUUGAUCUGAAAAUCAAUCUUACAUUGCGCAUGCACCGCGCACAGCCCUUACCGCGCAUCUACCCUAAAUCAUUAGGGCUGACUUUUAGCUACCUACAGCUCCGCGAUGUACUCGUAUAAACGGCAAGUACAUAUUUCCACUGUAGCAUUCACGGACGAGAUUGGGUAUGUACAUACAUAUGUAUGUGCGGUACGGCAUGGUGCGACGACAGGCUACAGCACAUAACCGCACUCACAUAUCGAGCGGGAAAACGAGCAGGGGGUGGAGGCGAGUUAGCUGCUAGCGACGCCUGGUCCUCCAUAUUCCCAUCCCCCUGCCCUAGCUAGCUGUCUGUCCCCCUAGCGAACAUCUCCAGGAAAAUCACGUUGGCACCAACACCCAAAGAGCGAAAAGACGGGGUGCGGAUCGCAACCGAAGGAACUCGAUCCAAGCAAAAGGCCAGUCCACGUUGCAUGGGAUAUAAGAUCAUCGCAUAGGGGGAGGAUCCCCUCCUAGCUGCCCCGUGUCCGUCGGCCAUUCGAGACCUCGCCCAUGUUCUCACGACAGCGAUUGCAACAAAAGCGACUCGUCAUAGUGCGCACACCUGGUUAUUGUAGCGUGUGUGUGUGUGGUGUGUGUGGUGUGUAUGUGUGUGUGUGGUGUGUGUAUAUGUGAGUAUGUAUGUGUGUGUAACGUAUGGACAUUUCGCAAGGUCAGGUCGGAGGGAGAGUCCCUGCUACUCCGUCAGCCACUUACCCCAUCCUUCAUUACAAGUCGCAGCCCUUCCAGCCGCCCCGCUCAGCAAAGCAGCAGUGAGAGGCAAGCAUCGAAGCAAGCAAGCACAAGCAAGCAAGCGGACAAACGGGCAGGACGAAGAGAAUCCCGUCUCUCCGCUGCCGCCGCCGCCGUCGCCGUCGCCGCAGCAGCAGCAACGGCGGCAGCAGCAGCAGCACUGCCAGUUGCUAGCCAAGCAAGAAGCAGAAGCAAGUAUGAUCCGCAUUACAUAUGUAGCCUGGUGGCAAUCGAUACGUACCUCCCCUACCAUACCUACACGCUCCUAGAGCGCUAUGUACCUAGGUUAGCAUGUACACAGCAUUCUGACGCCUGUCUGCCCAGAUGUACAUGCGUACAUGUACAUACAUGUAUGUAUGUACUACAUAUACGUAUGGGUGUAUGUAUACAUGUGGCCGCGCUCUGGCAAGGGCUACCUGCCGCGACUCGAUAUUCCCGCAUGGCCCCAUGUUGCUCGACGUUGAUUCCCCGACGGUUGUGGAGAACGUCGUCGUGCCCCGUCGGCACGUACACGUACGUACAUACCUACCUAUCUUAGGUACAUUAGGUACAUACAUGCAUUCGUACCUACCUAGGUACCUGCCCGUGCAUGUACCUGCCUGUAGCCGAGAGGUACCCAAUACAAUGCCAUUGUCGUUCUAGUAAGCAUCCCUACGGAGACCCGGGGGCUAACUAACGGCCGGCAACGAAGGGAAAGAAGCCCAGCAGAAAAUGGUGCGAGGAGACCAAGUGAAAAGCAGAGAGCAAGGCGAGGAAAAUAACUCGACAAGAGACCGCCGACAUUAUGUGCCUAGGAUACUAACCUGGACACCUGCGAAGUACCUGCGUCGUCCCCGAAUUAUGUAGGUACCAUUACAGCUGUUACAUACAUACAUCGUUCUGCCAGACAUCCCCGAGAUGAACGAGGCCGGCCCCAGGGGGGGGCUGCCGAAUGGAUGGUUACUGUAUACUACGUAAGAUGGU